AAAGUAGACUUGAAUCAAUAAAUUGUUAAACCCGAUUACGAUAACUUGUAGGACGUUGUGAAAAGAAUGCAGCAGUUUAUAUAAAUCAGUAUAUAUACAUUCGGUAAAAUUAUUUGAAAAUGUUAACUAGUAAUGUUAACAGUGUUUCUGAGGAAACUGAUUGGCCUACCUUCUUUAUUAUCCCAUUUGAUGCUUGUGGCCAAGUUAAAGUACUGCCCGAUGGAAGCAUAUACCUUAUUACCAAUGAAAACCAACAGAAUGAAGAUAGAACUAAUGAGGCUAUCCUCAAUAGCUUGGAGUCGAAUAGUGCAUAUCAGCCAGAAACAACAAAAGUUAUCAAAACUCAACCACAGUUUAAUCAACUGGAAGAAAUACCAGCACCUGUAGUACAGAACAAUAAAAUAGAUUCACCAUAUUCAUGUCCAGAUUGUCAGGCAACUUUCUCAACUCCCAAAGAACACUCAGAUCACUUAAAAUGGCAUAAAAAGUUUAAAUGUACCAAUUGUCCAGCUACCUACAACAUUGAAACCAACUUAAAGAUACACUUUGAGUUGGUGCAUCAGACUGAAAAUACCUUAAGAAACUGCCCAAUAUGUGGUAUUGCUUUAAGGUUCAAAAGGGCAGCUAGUUUGAAGUCACAUAUGAUGAUCCAUCAAGUUGAGGAGGUGUAUACAUGCCAGGAAUGUGAAGCUGAGUUUGAAAAAGAGAAUGAAUAUUCACAACAUGUCAUCUCUCACUAUUCCAAAAAAGAAGAACCAGAAGCUCCUUUAUCAUGUCCUCAGUGCAUACUUCAAUUUGAAACAAAAGAAGAGCUAAAACUUCACAAAGCCAACCAUACAAAAGCAUGGAAGUACUUCAAACGAAAAAGAACCAAACAAAAAGUUUCUGUUAAAAAGGAUAAUUAUACCUGUGAUAUUUGUAAAAAAGGUUUUAUCAAGAAGUCCCUUUUAGAGAGGCACGAGAGGAUACAUAGUGGAGAAAAGCCGUUUGAAUGUAAUAUAUGUCAGCAAACAUUCGGCCAGAAAGUAACUUUAGAAAACCAUUUACUAAAACACACAGGACGUAAGCCCUUUGCUUGCUUUUUGUGCCCAGCUAGAUUCAAUCAAAAAGGAAAUCUUAGAGUCCACAUCAACAAGACUCACACGGCGCCUCAAAACGGUCAGAAAGUGUUUAAAUGCUCACAAUGCUCAUGUAUGUUUAAGCGCAUAGCAUCCCUAAAUGGACACGUGACGAAAGCUCAUCUUACUGUAGAGUCUGCAGAAGAUGGUGUAGUUAACGACGUCAUGAAGAACCUGAAAGACCUAAAAACCACGAAUUUUGAGUCAUCUGUUACUUUAACAGAGUCUGGCAGCGAAAAAAAGUAUUCAGUAAAGUUGAAAAAAAUUGGUGAUACGAAAUGGUACAAGUGUACAUAUUGUUCCAAGUUGUGUAAGAAGCCUAGCGAUCUUAUAAGGCACAUCAGGAUACAUACAAAGGAAAGACCUUUCGAGUGUAAAUUGUGCCCUGCGACAUUUACUUCCAAGUCUGCCGUACAUAAUCACAAGAAGCUGCAUUUCGGUAAGAAAUUCAAAUGCGAUGUUUGUGACAGCGUUUUAGAUUCAAAUAUGGAAUACUUAAAUCAUCUACACAAAGGAGAAUGUGGAAAAUUGCUGUUAAAAGAAUCACCGGACCAAGCAGAAUCUGUAAUUAAUAAAGUACCCAAACAAACGGAUAAAACAGGUUCUGAUGUAGUCCCGGAAAUUUCAGCUCCAAACACUUCAGAGGCAGCCGUAGCAAAACCGUUCCAUUGCACGAUGUGUAGUGCAAGAUUUAUCAAAAAGACCAAUUUGCACAAGCACUUCCAGACACACGAAGGAGAGAAAUUUUACAAGUGUCCUUCGUGCUCAAAAGUAUUUAUGAGUAUGCACCAGUUGAAAGAACACACGAGUCAGCACACUAACAACAAAAAGUACCAUUGUAAGAUUUGUAGUAAGAAGUUUCCUACAGUUGCAAGGUUUCGAAGGCAUAUGGCGCAUCAUGCCGUCACAAAAACGUUAAAAUGUCCAUAUUGUCCUAGAAUUUUCCCAAACGUGGAACUCACUAAAAUUCACCUUAAGAUUUUUCACAAAAAAGGUCUGAUAGUGGAGGAAAGUGAACCAGCAAAUGAUAUUCACGAGCCUACAGCAAUUACAACAGCUAUAAGUAAAUCUGAAUCAGUGGAAGAUGAACAGUGUGAAAAUGCUGUAGCUACAGAAGUUAUUAAUAUAGAUAAUGCAGAACCUAUAGGAGAUGCUCAAAUAAAUGCGGAUUUUCAGACCUUCAGCGUUAAUUUGGAGGAUAUCCAAUUACUUAACAAUGGUGUAUUUAGUACUUUGGUAGAAAAUGUAACGGUUCCAGAGAACUUCCAGCUUGCCCCUGCUUCCACAGUGAUCGAACCGAAUCAAACCAAUGAAGUGCUUCUUUAUAACGCCCCUCCUCAACCUCUAGAGAACGUACCUGAAACAGCCGAAGAUGUCUAUGAUAACACUGGUACUAUAUUUCAACUUACAGAGAACAUAAACGACAAUAAAAAUAUGUACAAAGGAGCAAGUAUCUUAUGCAUGUCAUGCAAUCAGGUGUUUACGAACUAUUCUCUUUUCCAACAGCACGCCUGUAGAGAUAACUUCAAUGAUAAGACCGCCGUGGCUCUAACAGAAGACGAAAUCGAAGCGAGGAUACAGGAGAUCGAACAAACGCUAGGGAUAUUGCAAGACGGAAAUACCUGCUCAAAAGAUCCUCGUCAGCCGCAAGAUUUAGAUAGAAUAGAACCUUGUAAGAUAUUCCAAUGUCCGGCCUGCAACAAGGCAUUCAAAAGCAGGUUAGCUUUUAAGAAACACAUCAAGAUGCACUCGUGCUGGGAGUGUUACAAGUGUAAAAAGGUGUUGAUAGGGAAAAAUGCUUAUCUAGAGCACGUACAGUCUCAUAAAGACAGUAAGAUGUUUCCUUGUUUGUACUGCAAGAAACUGUUUAAGAAACCUUCAGAUUUGGAAAGACACCAUCGUAUACAUACAGGAGAGAAGCCAUUCGAAUGCACGAUCUGUCACAAAAAGUUCACUCUUCGGGCAACCCUUAAGAGCCACCUCCGAACACACGAUCCUCAACAAAAACAAUAUCCGUGUGACGUCUGCGACGUCCUUUAUUCUUCCAAAACCAGUUUGAAGAUGCAUAUGACCUUACACACAGGUGUAUUGCAUUACAAAUGCCCUGUCUGCAAAGCCGAGUUCCGAACGCCGAGUGCCAAAAGAGCUCACAUGGCGAUGGGUCACAAAACGGCACAUAAUAGCAAAACCAAAAGAAGGAAUAAAAUUGCCAACAUUUUGAGGUCUGCCAGUAACAAGUUAGUGCCACAGAGUGUAGAAGAGAUUCAAGAGGAAGUACACGAAUACGUGACGUACGAAGAUAUGCCAGUGGAAAUAGAUCAGGGACAAAUAUUAACCCAAACGGAAACUCUGGACCUCACGUCGCAAAUGACCAACCUCAAUCUUCCUGCAGGAGCCAUCCUGUCGACCAUACAGGAAGGCGACAUUACCGUGGAUCCCAGUUUACUACAGCAAUUUCAGAUGACCGACGUAGUGUUGACUAAUCCCGAACCGGAACCGGGAUCUUCGAUAAUAAUCGAUGACGUUAGCAGUUUUCUGAAUCUGAACCCUACGACCAAUAAUAUUCAGAUAGUUUCGAUGCCUGAAAAUGACGAAGGAGGAGUUACUAUUAGUAUUAAGGAAGAAACAGAGAUAACACCGAAAAAAGUUAAAUCAGAAAAGUCAAAACUAGCGGUUCAGUGCGACUUGUGCUUACGACUACUGGCUUCCAAAGACGGUUUGAGGAAACACAAGAAGAACGUACACGGGCACAAGAGGAAACACUCGUGCUUUAAGUGCGACGAUAAAUUCGACACCAAGGAGCAGCUUGCUGUGCACGAGAAAAUACAUUUGGCAGCUUUGCCGUGUCCGAUAUGCUCGCUGGCAUUCGAGAAUGAGGCGAUAUUGGAGGAACACUUGUACAGUGUUCACGGAAUCGCCAAGUCAAACGAAGAAACUCUUUCUUUGUUCAACUUGAAGCUAGCCUCGAUGGAUGAUCCAUUGUUAAAUAAAUACGGAGUAACGUACUUCAACUAAAACGUGUUUAACUCGUAAGUUAUGAUAGUUAUUAAAAGAUCUGGCUGUGUUCCUAUUAAAAUUUUUAGCUUUUCUGAAACUGCUGAAGAGUAUAACUUAGAUUAGAGAAAAUUCGCAUUGAUUUAGUACAGAUGUUAUAUUGUUGCCAGAAAAAUAUAAUGUUUAUUUAG